UUCUUCGAAAGUCUGCGGCGACAGAGCCUCUUCUCUUUUACUGGACUGUCUGGACAGCAGACCACCGCGUCGAAGGGUGCUCGAUAAGCGCCGAGAGAUCUUUAAUUGAAAAUUAUUUGACUUUAUGUCGUGAAGUGCACACAUGGGAUUCAGAUGGCACGCAGUCGUUGCGUCUGAACAUAAGCUUGCUUUUCGAUCCUCGUAGUCCAUGUAAAUUUCGACCAAGUGCAGUUGGCAACUGGAUGCGACAGAGGAGGAACCUGGACCUGGGUCAUCGCGUAGGAGCAAAAAGUCGCCAGAAGCGCGCUUGGAUUUUCCCUGGGACACUGUGGUGCGGCCGCGGAAGCACCGCUGGAGAUUACGAGCAGUUAGGAAUGUUUGAGCCUGUAGACAGAUGUUGCCGAGAGCACGAUCACUGUAGCAACAUAAUUCGGCCCUUCACUGUGAACUUUGGCGUCUUAAACCCUUCUCUUUUCACCAUUUCACACUGUGACUGUGACAACAGGUUUAAGCAGUGUCUUCUCAAAGUCAAUGAUACAGUCUCAAAUAUGGUGGGCUACACUUUCUUUAAUAUCCUGAAGCUCCGCUGCUUUGAUCUUAUUCAGAAGAGUCACUGCACUCAGCUCAACUGGUUUGGAAUGUGCACAACAGUUCGGAUUGCACCUUUUGCAAUCCUCAAAAAUCCCACACCAUAUAACCUUACAAAUGCAAAUUCAGGGACCAGUGGCAUCUCUGAUCCACCACAUGAAUAUCAAGUGUACACUUCAGCUAAAGGCAAGGAAAAAAACAUGAAACCUAAACGAAGAAAGCAAUCAAAUGUGCAAAGGAGAAUUCAUGCAGUAGCACUUGCAAAAGGGGAUACUCUUUUGUUGAGUGAAGAGAUGCAGCAGCAUUAUGGAAAAACCAAGAAACUAUCACCAAGGACUACCAUUCUUCCUUCAGUUUGGAAAAGUACAACGCCACCCAACUCAAUCACAAUCAAAAACUCUACAUUUUUCCAUUCGAAGAAUAAAACUAUAAAUAAACUAAGGACAUUAUCAGUUCAUAAAUCAGAGCUUAUGCAAAUUACUCCAUCCCCAGGACCCACAAGAAUCAUUCAUACUCAUACUACAUUGUCUCAAGCAAAAGAAUUUAGUGCUCAAAUACAAAUGAUUACUUCGCUGACCAAAAAUUCCACAAAUAGAAGAAAAGCAACCACAUCUCAAAAUGCCACAAUACAGAUCAAGUUGGUCCAAACCUCUCGUAAACCUCCAAAGUCAAAGCAUAAUUGUGAUAACAUGAAACCUCCAAGGGACUUUAACUUCCAGUCAACACAAGAGAAGGGAAAGGAAUACAAAGUGGACAAUGCAUCAAAACUGAAAUCUCUGCAUACUACUGUAUCUCCAAAAUUAUCAACAACAUCUUGGGUGAACAUAUUUCCAAGGACUGGCAGAGUAUUUGUGAACAAGACACAACCCAGCAAGAAGGCCAUACUUUCAAUUAGAGCAAGUGCACCCCCCAAAAAUACAGUGUCAACCAAAUUCCAAAGCCAAACAAAUUCAGAUCCAACUUCAACCAUGACAACUACACAUCCAAAGCACAAAAUCAAAGGCAGCCAUUUAGAAAACAAGUCAGCUAACAUCACCAAAAGACCUAAGAUCAGGAACCCAACUCCAGCUAAACUUAUGCCAACUACAAAACCUAGAAGCAUACUCUGGAAAGACAUGAUUUCGUCCCCUAAGACAACAUUACUUGUUGGUGUACCUCUACUAAAGUCAUGGGAGAGUGUAAGGUUUAAGAAUGCUUCAUCGACAAACCAGGAAACUACAUCUUCAGCCAUGAAAAACAUUUAUGUAACAAAAAAGUGUAAAUCUCCCAAACAUUAUUCCAUAGAAAAUAUUGCUUCUAAAGGAAGUAUGACCACAACAUCAAGAUCUGUAACUUCAAAGCAAAAAUCUACAUCUGUUCCACAAAAAAAGACAGUAUCUUCAACUAAGACAACUGAAACACUCAGUUAUUCUCGGAAGGAAACCAACUCUACUUCUAAAGAACCAACAGGAUCUCCACUGAUAUGUGAUGCAUUCAGAUACUUGGAUGAUUGCAAGUACAGGAUUGGACCAAUGGAAAAUAUAUAUGGUCAUCGCAACAUGGAGUCCACUACAAUCUACCAUUGUGACUGCAUAUACAGGUUUACCAACAAUUUAAAACAACUUAAGAAAUCCAGUAUCCUGCAGUUUCUUCUUGGCAAAUUUGUGUCUCUCUCCUGCAUUGAAAUAUCAAAUAUUAAAGAAUGCAACAAAACCACAGGCUGUUCUGCCAUCCUUUCCAAGACCACAGAGCUAGAUUCAUCACUGAAGAAAAUGAAAGAAGAUCAAGCCGAUACAAAACAUAUUAAGCAGCUUAUCAACAAAAGAGCCUCUCGCAAACUUUACAAAUAUUGUCUCAGGAUUUUAAAUCUCAGAAAUCCAAAACAUGUAAAGAAAAGUCCUUUUCACCUAUAAUACUGAUGGGAAAAUAAAAAAAUAAAGAAAUUGAUCUGUUGGUUCUGA